CAAUCGGUAAUUUUUAAAUCUUAUUUUUAUAAUUUUACAUUUUUUUUACGGAAUGAAAAUAAUAAUAUACGGACUAUAGUGAAUUCAAAACAAAAAGCAGAUUUGUGUAAUAAGGAUUACUAUAGAAAAUGAUAUCAGGAGAAAACAUAUUAUUUUCAGAAUCAUGAGUUUGAAACCCUUUAGAAAUGCUAAAGGUGUAAAUAAACCAUUUCGUUCUCCAUUUACUAACACUCCUCAAAAUAACAAUAAUAAAAAUAAUGUUACUGAUACAACAGAAUCAAAUACUUGUAUAACACCUGUAAAGCGGUGUGCAUCAAAAAAGCUGUCCUUUACGUGUACACCUUCACCUAAGAAAGUAUGUUUACAGAAAGAAAGUAAUGAAGAUCACAUAGAUAUUGAAAAAAAUAAAGUAUUGUGUCAGAAUGAUUUGGAAUUAUUGAAAAAGAGAAUACACGAAAAGCAGGAAUCUAUUAAUAACUUGAAAAGAACUCUGUCAUACAGAAAAAAGAACAAAGCAGAAGAUUUAGAAGUUGCUAUUAACAAAUGGCGGAACUCUUGUCAAGUUGCCCUUAAGGACUAUCAAUAUGAUUUGCAACAAAAAUGUGGACAAACUGUGACCAUUUCUGAAAUCUUAUCUUCAUUGAACAUAGAUCCUAAUGUGGUCCAUUUUUCUACAGAUGAUGAUACAUUUUACUGAUAUUUUUUUGAACAUUAAAAACAUAAAAUAAUUAAAAAUA